GGGACGGAGGCAGGCUGGCCGGCCGCUGUUUACCGGGAGCGGGCCGUCGGAGGGAGGAGGGCAGAGGCAGAGAGUAGACGGUGCGCCUCCUCUGCUACCGCCAAGUGGAGCUCGCGGUCAAACCGGGACACGGCCGCGUUUCUUUUGUAGCUGUGAAUGCGGGAUCGUUGAGGUCGGUCACCGCGAACUGAGUGGCUUUGCCGCGGCUUGAUUUGUUGUCGCUAUGUCCACCCCGGCGAGGCGGCGGCUGAUGAGGGACUUCAAAAGGCUACAAGAGGAUCCUCCAGCUGGUGUUAGCGGAGCACCUUCUGACAAUAAUAUUAUGUCCUGGAAUGCAGUUAUAUUUGGACCAGAAGGAACACCUUUUGAAGAUGGUACUUUCAAAUUGGUCAUAGAAUUCACAGAGGAAUAUCCUAAUAAACCUCCAACUGUUAGAUUUGUAUCAAAAAUGUUCCAUCCAAAUGUUUAUGCAGAUGGCAGUAUAUGUUUAGACAUAUUGCAGAAUCGAUGGAGCCCAACCUAUGAUGUUUCAUCAAUUUUAACGUCUAUUCAGUCCCUACUUGAUGAACCAAAUCCAAACAGUCCAGCAAAUAGCCAGGCUGCACAGCUUUACCAAGAAAACAAACGUGAAUAUGAGAAGAGGGUAUCUGCUAUUGUAGAGCAAAGCUGGAGUGACUGCUAACCUAUAGCGAGAAGAAUCCUCUGCCAACUGCCCGUGCAUUAUCCUACCUGAGUAAAUGCAAACAGUGUCGUAAGACUGGCAAAGAAGUCUGCGUACCUUCUUUGUUGACAUUCUUAAGGAAUUUUAGCCCUUUAUCGUUUGUGCUGUUAGAGGGUUCUUUUGUUGCAUGAUGUGAAUUUUUAAGCAGUAUUUGAUAAACUCGUACACUCGGUGAUCUCUUCCCUUGUUUUGGCAUCACCACUGACCCAUCUUUACAUCAACUAAUGUAUUAGCACCUUAUUGACAUGAGUGAGUGUGAAUUCUUGAAUUGUGAACAACAAAGUCUGAUCUGCAUCAGAGCAACUUCUAGUUUUGGGAUCCAUUAAACAAAAUUUCUAGUUUUAUUUUUUACAAAUGUCCUGAAAAUUAGCUGUAACACCUAAAGGACAUUGAGGUGGAAGACAAUUAAAUGUAAUUUGCUCAGCAAUCGUGAACAAUCUGUUGUGGCAUUCUCUUAAUAGAACUUUCAAUCUAGAUUGGUUAUGAGCUGACACUGUCUUUUCAUACAGUUUUGCAAUACAACUAAAAUAGAUCCAACAGAAGAAUACAUUUCCACAUUAUCUUGCAGUUUAUUUUGAGGGUUCUUGUAAGGAAUGCAUCUAUUUUAUCACAUAGGAAAACUAUACCAUCUGCCAGAUCUGAUUGGUGCAACAUGACUGGAAGCAUCUGUUUACAAUAAGCACUUUGUAUGUAGAUAAAUCAGAGAAAGCUUAAGUGUGUAAACCAGGCAUGAGACAGGCUUUUAUUAUUUGGGUGCCCACCAAUUUGUAAUUGCUGGUGCUUCUAUUAUUUGGACACACACAGAACUACAAGUUGUUGUUUGUGCCUGCUAUGAUUGAUGGCUCUCUGCAUUUUGAAAAAUCUCUCAUUUGUAACUGCUCUGUAAAACAUGUCCGUUUCUGUGAAUCAAUUACAAUAUGUUUGGGAAGUACUUUGAAUCUUCUUUCAUACAGACAAAUUAUUUAGCCAAAAAGAAUCUCUUCCCUUAACAAAUUAUUGACUGUCUCACUCAAAGGCAUUUGAGAGGUGUGAUCUAGUAGUUGCUGUUAAAGCAAGUGAAUAUUUUUUAUGCAAGCUUGGAUAAGUAGAGCAUGUAUGAUCUGAUUGGAAAAUAUUCACAGUCAAAUCUGAUCUUCUCUGAUUCCCAUUCUGUUGCAUUUUAAUUUAAAGACUUUAUUUUUGAUAAAUUGAUAUUAGACAUCUCAUUCUACGAAAAGCAGAGAAAUUCAAGUUGUUUUUGAAAAGAACAAUAAUCAUAAAUUACUAUUCGUUUGGUAUCCUCUUGAUAACGUCAUGAUCUGACUAGUUGCUACUGUAAGUGGAGAAAACAUUCUAGCUCAUUCCUGUGCCUGAACAAAAACAAUUCUGUGCUUGGCAAUCUUGUGUAUGUAUAAAGUGGUGAGUUUCAUUUUUAGAUGCUUUGUUUAAGCUCUAUUAAACAACCUAGAAUAGCAAAAAAAAUCCCACAAUCUUCUAACUUUGAAUGAAAUGCCUUCUAAAGAGUAAACACAGCUUUGUUUUGCCAAUUUUGAGAGAUAGCUGAGUCAAUUAACUUCUGAAUGUCUUCAUGAAUACCUCUUAUGCCACGGUGGAAUAGUCUUACCCCGCAAGAAAGGAUGCUUUCCUGACAUGUGGCUACAUUUCAAGGAAAGCCAGCUACCAAACCUCCCUCUUUCCCAGAUGAUUGCAAAGCUCCAUCACUAUUGGGGUAGAUGCUAAGCAGGAAAAGACCCAGAAAUUUGUUUAUGUUCCAGCAGAUAAUACUUACAGCCUUUAUCAUUGUUCAAGAUAACUUUCAUAGCCCAAACAAUGAUCAAUCCCUUUGUGGAGCUUUGAUUUAAGUAAUGCACGUGUGUGUGGAAAAAAAUUUUAAUUUUUUUUCUUUUGCAGUAAUUGAUUGUAAUUGCCCGUUGUUUCUGUUGGAAUGUUGUCACGUUUUUCAAAUGGUUAGAUUUUCUGCUGUGGUUUAUGAAAAUUAACUACUUCUGUUCAUGGUGUAAAAAGGACUUAUUUUAUUCCUUCUUUUGUAAAGUUUUUUUUUCAAAACUUAGCCCCCUUUUAAGAUUAUCAAACAUUUUUGUACCCUAUUCUCUAGUACUUUUUUUUAUAUAAGGAAGUCAGUGAGAGAAGUGUAUUUAUGAUACUGUUCCAAUAAUUACAAAGUAGUACCUGGUUGCCAUUUAUUUUGCUGAAGAAAAAUUAUUAAUUCACUUAGUGUAACAAAUGUUUUGUACAGAAAGUGAUUCUUGAUAUUAACUAUGUAAUGAUGUUUGCUGAGGUCGUUUCCCCCUCUCUUUUCUUUUCUCCUCCUCCUUUUUCCCUCCAUGUUUUUACUCUUCCUCUUGGAGGCUUGGAAGACAAUUGAGCAACUGAUGGGUCUUGUGUUUCAUUUUUAUAGGUAACAUGGCGAGAAUGUUCAUAGCCCUCUGUGCGCUCUGCAGUUUCAUGAUGCUUGUAUGCUGUACAAUAUGUAUUGAUGCAAACACCUUUUUUCAAAAUUUUUUUUAAAUAAAACAACUUUGAGAGUAUAAA